AUAAUGAAUCUUAAAUACAGUUAGCACAUUCUCAGUGUUUUAAGCUUUAAGAGAAAUUAAGUUUAAGGGCUUGUUUUAUGAAUUUAAUUAGGCAAAGCAAAACAGGCAGUUUGACUCACUUUCCAAAUGUAUUGAAAUACAGUGAAAACUGAAUCAUAAUUGAGAUUUGAGGAGGUGUUGUGGGGAUUUUUGUUUGGCAAACCAGAAUUUACGGGCCUUUCAACACCACUACGGCUUGGUAAACCAACAGAGCGAAGCUUGACAAAGACCGAGAGAGUGAAGGAGGGGAAAGGGGCGAUAGGGAAAGGGUAUAAACAAAAGAAGAAAUGAGCAAUAGUAAGAUGAAAGAAAAAAGAUGAGCGACUGGGUAUUAGGCUCUUGCAUCAUUUGCAUUCCGUGUUUCACCUUGUCAUUUGUCAACUGUCAUUUGUUGACAUUAAAAUUAGGCCUCACUCUUGGGCCUGCUUAUUUGAGAUUUAUAAUACACAUAUGAAUCAUCAUUUUACUCCAAGUUUAAAAAAAGAAAGAAAGAAAUUAUAGUCUGGUAUGAAGUCAUAAAAAAUAGAAAGAAAAAAAAAAAGCAUUUCACUACACAUCGUACUGUUUGUGUGGUUGUGUGUGACAAAUAACAUUUGAGUUUGAACGAUAAAAUUCCCGAUAAACUUACCGAAAGAUGUGUUGCACAGGGUUCCAACUGUAUUCCUUUAGAUAAUUUCGUAGAUAAAAUUCAAAGAUAAAAGUAUUUGCAGAAUUAUAAGAAUUUAUUAGAAUUCAUAUUUUUACAAUCAUUAGAAUUAAAGUUAGUCCUCUAGAAAAUGCUCAGACCCAGCAUGUGCAUCCCAUUAAAAACCUGAAUGUUAGUCAUCUCAACAGGAAGUAAGCUAAAGAAAUAUUCACAAAUAUUCACAUUCUGUCAUCUUGUUUUGAUGCUGUAGUGCUUUGUGCGUUGGCUGCACCAAAAGCCGAGGAACAGUUUGUAUAAAAAUGAACACAGAUAAAAUUACUCACGACAAUACAUCACUAUUUCUCGCCCUGUGCUAACACCCACUUAUUACAGUCUACAUGGCUUUUUUCUUCAAGUUUAUGAUUUUUUUUCUCUUAGUCUUCCUUUGAAGUGAGGAAGCGGAGCAGCGUGCAGAGAGCAACAUUCAAGAUGUGGAGAUGCACUGUAUGGAGAGAGUGAGUUAGACAGAGAUGAUGGGGGAGGAGAAAUGAAGAAAGGAUAGUUUUAACACCUCUGCCUGUUUCCUUUCACUUCAUUUGUAUGUGUUGCUUACUCUAUACACUGCUUCAUGUGUUUUUCAGCUAAGUUACUGAUGGACCGUGUUUUGUUGCUGGUGCUCAUGCCCACUGCCCUCGCCAUCUCCACAAGUACAAGUUCGCAAAUCAGUGAAAUUGUUUCUACACCUACUUAUUCUACUCCUCCUGAAACUACAAGUGAACCCCAAACCAUCCAUAAGCCCAACACUGCAGUACUGCCACCUGCAGUGGGCAGGAUAAAGGUGAAAUGGAUGAAGACCAGCCCGUGUCAGGGUUACAUACACUUCUUCAUCAAUUUCACACAAAGAACAACGUAUCUGUGUUCCAACAAUGACAAAAUUACAAACACCGAAUUGGGUAAUGAGUUAUGUGAGGAGAGGAGAUGUGGAGAGUUCCUUGGUUUCAGGAACAGUUAUAAGAUUGGUUAUAUGAUCCAUGAAAACCUAACUGCAACCAGUGACAUUCAGUGCAAAAUAAUACUCCUUACUUGCAAAGAUGUAGACAGCAAAGAACUGGUGGCCUAUAAAGUAAUAACAGGCUUGUUACUGACACUGAUCAUUGCCGUCCUUCUAUGUCGAUUUGCACAGCCAACAUACAUAGCUGUCCGCAAGAGAUUUUCACAGAAGCGGCAGAAUCGUUGGAUCGGCCCAACACAGACUCAGAGUGUGUCCUACCAUAGAGGGCAGGCCAGUUAUCCCAAUAACAAUACAAUGAAGCGGCAGUCCUAUCCUGGUUUGGAAAGACUUACGGUAAAUCCCAGCCGAGAGCCAUCGUCGAACAGGAACAGUGACUACGACUCAUAUGGCGGUUAAACUCCUCUCGUACAGUGUAGAAGUUUGUGAAAAUACUUCUUUUGAAGGUUCAGAUGUUAAGUGAAGAUCAACAUGGUACUCAUAGCAACCAGUCUGAUAUUAAAUUUUGCCAAACUUCAGAAUAAUGUAUAUUUUGUUGUGUUAGCUAGCCUUUUACUUCAUCUGCACCCAAAUAUUCCAUCACUAUUGAUUUUUGAAUACAUAAAUUUGCUACUAAUUUAUUGGGUUUUACUUAUUUGAUUUGCUACAAUACAUAAAUUUGUAAUGUUUCUGAGAAAACUAGUUCCACAUGGCAUGCUAAAGAGUCUUGUUUAUUUAUUGGUUUACUUUUUUGACCUGAGAUUGAUUCAUAAACCUAAACAAAAUUGUUCUUUAUCUGCUUGUUAUUACUGUGAGCUAUUAAUAGUUUAUUGUAUUGUCUCUUAUUGUUAUGUUGUUUAGAUUGUAUCUAUUUUGAGUUUAAUUAAUGCAUUCUGUUAUAGAGAUUGAAUAUGUAAAGUGAAGUGUUUAAAUAACUAUGUGGUAAUGCUUUACUUUAAGGUUCCUGUAACUAACAUUAUUUACUGCGAUAGUCAACAUAAACAAACUAUGAACGCCAGCAUUAAUAAACCAUAAGUACUGUUAACAAAGUAAGUUUACAUGUGUAUUGAUUGAUUUUUUGGUUAAAUUGCUAAUGAAAUACACUGUUUGCGUUGACUGUUUCUUCACAAUAAGACAAAAAUAAAUCCCCAUAAAUUAGUAAAAAACAAAUCAAUUAUAGCAUGAUGCUAUAUGUUGAUAGCUUCCUGAAAUCUGUUCUCCAAGUGCAAAUAUUGAAACCUGCUUUUCAACCUCAGUUCUCAAUUUAACCAGUUAUCAAACACGAACAUGUUAAUUAAGGUGUUGGUUCAUAUUGUACAGUGCUAUUCCGUGAUGGUAUGAACAAUGAUUUAAUCAGGUGUUGAAUAUUUGGCUUAUUUAGUAUUAUUUGACUUAAGUUUAAGUGUUUAGUUAUUUUAUUAACUAAUACUGUUAUGUGUUGCAUAACGUUAGUUAAGUGAACCCUAAUGUAAAGUGUUAUUUUUAUUUUAUAAAUAAAGCUUUAUGAAUCUUU